CCUGAAGACAUUAAUGUAACACAUUUUCUCCUUCAUCUCCACUCCUCUUCAUCCCACAGGAGGUCUGGACUGAUGCUCAGCUGCUUCCUGCUCUGGAUGUCUCUGCAGCCAGAUUCCCGUAAUCAUGUGUCAGCAGUAAACCUGCGGCGUUUCAUUGGUUGUGCAGUUCGGGAGUUUACUUUUCUGGCCAGGAAGCCCGGAUGCGGCAGCCUGCACAUCACCACCGAUGCCUGCUGGGGGCGCUGUGAGACCUGGGAGAAACCGGUCCUUGAGCCUCCGUUCAUCGAGUCCUACCAGCAGGUUUGUACCUACAACAGGACUCGUCUGGUCACUGUGAAACUACCCAACUGCCAGCCCCAUGUGGACCCCACCUACACCUAUCCUGUGGCCCUGAGAUGUGACUGUGGGGUCUGUCUGACAAGCACCACUGAAUGCAUAACAUCUGUGUGAAGAGAGGGUACAUUUAGCUUUAUUUACUAUUUACCACAAUUUAGAGCCAUGUUCUUGUUUGGCUCAGUACCAGCCAAAUAAAUCAGUUUAAAGCCACGUGUCUUCAGAAAGUUGAA